AUGGCGUCAACCACAUAUACCCUUGAGCAGGUUAAAAUUCAUAACAAGAAAGACGAUGUCUGGAUUGUUUUGCACAAUAAAGUCUACAACAUCACUACCUACCUCGAUGAUCACCCAGGUGGUGUUCCUGUCUUGUUAGAAGUGGCUGGCUUAGAUGCCACCGAGGCCUUCGAGGAGAUCGGACACUCGGACGAAGCCCGCGAACUUCUCGAGCCGUAUCUGAUCGGGGACCUUGCAGCUGAGGACCAAGCUGAAGUCAUCGAGGUAUAUCGUCCGACCUUCGAGAAAGUCUCCCAGGUCGCUGCAGUCGACGUGCGCAAGCUACAAGGCUCCACCCUUAGGCGUCUACGCAAAUCGCUCCUCGCGGCCGUUCCUCUCGGCCUGGCUGCUGGAUUAGGGUAUAGUGUAUACAGCAACGGACUCGAGAUACUGCGCCAGCCUCAACUGUUCCUCCCGCAUCUCCUCCAAGAAAUCUACCUUCCCUCUGGAACAACCUCUAAAUCCUCCUUCUGGUCCGGGGUGGGCAUUGGCAGCGCUCUCCAAAUCAGUCUGACCGGUGCUCUCACCGUCUGGCUCUCCACCAAGCUCGACGUCCAGGAGAGCUUCGCAUCCCACAAGCCCUACCGCCCCUCCCGCUCCGACACCCUAAUUCUCAAAUCCGCUUUCAAAUCCACUUGCACUCUUCCCGAGAUCACGACCUCCACCACCACAGCCAUGCAACCCCUCGACCCCAAACAAUGGCGCAAGUUCCAACUCAUCCGCAAGGACCUUAUCGCCCCGAAGGUCUACCACAUUGCCUUCGCCCUGCCCCACCCAGACGACCGCCUCGGCCUCCCGACAGGCCAGCACAUCGCCCUCCGCGCCACGAUCAACGGGAAGAGCGUCUCCCGCUCCUACACCCCGGUCUCCAACAACAGCGACCUGGGCCGCGUCGAGCUCCUGAUCAAGGUCUACAACCAAGGGCUGAUGACCCAGCACCUUGCCUCAAUGGCACUAGGCCAGGAGAUCGAGAUUCGCGGACCCAAGGGCGCGAUGAAGUUCACGCCGGACUUCGCCCGGCACAUCGGCAUGAUCGCCGGCGGCACGGGCAUCACACCCAUGUACCAGAUCAUCCGCGCGUCGCUGGAUGACCCGAGCAACAACAUCCAAAUUACCUUGCUGUAUGCGAACAACACGGAGGGGGAUAUCCUGCUCCGCAGGGAGCUCGACACCUAUGCCGCACGGUUCCCCGGGCGGUUCCGCGUGGAGUAUGUGCUCUCGCGGCCGGAGAGCAAGUGGGACGGGAGGAGGGGGUUCGUGACGCAGGAACUGAUCCAGGAGGCGUUCCCGGCGCCGGCGGCCGACACUCGGGUGUUUCUCUGUGGGCCGCCGCCGAUGAUUGAGGCGAUGAAGAAGAAUUUGGUUGGGCUGGGGUAUCAGCAGCCUGGUGCUAUGUCGAAGGCGAUGGAUCAGGUGUUUUUGUUUUGA